CCUCUGAGCUGCUGUCUUUAGUUGACUGUCACUUAGCAGAGGAACAUGUCGAUGCCAAUUGCCUUCUACAUUUGCCUGACCUUGAUUUUGUUCAUAUUCUCUGGAACAGAUGGAUAUUUUUAUCAUCGGUUGGCACAGUGUCGAUUCUCCUCAAAGGACCUGCAUGGUAUAGAGUUGAUAGACUCUUAUGUUUUCAAUAAGGCUGAAUAUGUCAGAUUCAACAGCACUGUGGGGAGGUAUGUUGGAUACACUGAGUAUGGUGUGAAGAAUGCAAAAGCAUGGAACAGUGAUGCUGGGAUCCUGGGUCAAGAGCAGGCGGAGCUGGAGCGUGUCUGUAAGACUGGCGCUGCUAUCGACUACAGCAACAUACUGGACAAGACAGUUGAGCCCCAUGUCAGACUGAGCUCAGUGACUCCCCCCAGUGGCAGACACCCUGCCAUGCUGAUGUGCAGCGCCUAUGACUUCUACCCCAAACCAAUCAGAGUGACCUGGCUGAGGGACGGGCGUGAGGUGAAAUCUGAUGUGACCUCCACUGAGGAGCUGGCUAACGGGGACUGGUACUACCAGAUCCACUCCCACCUGGAGUACACACCCAAGUCUGGAGAGAAGAUCUCCUGUAUGGUGGAGCACAUCAGCCUCACUGAGCCCAUGAUGUAUCACUGGGACCCGUCCCUGCCUGAGGCUGAGAGGAAUAAGAUAGCGAUCGGUGCAUCUGGUCUGGUGCUGGGAACCAUCUUAGCAUUAGCAGGACUGAUCUACUACAAGAAGAAGUCUUCAGGGGUGCUCUAGUAGCAACAAGGUACAUUGGUGUAUCUGCUGCAGAAAUCGAUCCCAAAUGAGAUUUUCUUGCUUGUUAUGAAUCAGUGUUCCUGAAAGGACGUCUACUGCUGG